CCCAUAAAUGAAACACUUUUAUUAGCCGUUGAGCUAACGGAGCAACUAAACUUUUCUGUUAGCUUCUUCCGCACACCUGUCAGGCUGCAAACACCAGGAACUGUUUACAAAUAUGCUAUAGAAUCACGAUACGAAAAGACGUGUAUAGAAACAACAUUUCUACGCUGCAGGUCUACAGUAUUCUGCUACCAUGUCUUCUAGGAAGCGUAAAAGGUUGUCCUCCAAAGACAUGAAGUGUCUCUCCUUUCCGGAUGCUGUUGAAAGUGCUCCCCAGAGAAGAGAGAGGAAAACUGCAUCACUCUUAUCCGCCAGGAGCUGGGCAACCUGUGGGGACAGUUUUUUGGACAGCCCGAGCUUAAAGUCUUCAGGGAAAAAGCUGUCUGUUGUGAGGAAGUUGGCACAGGGACCUGCUUUAGUGCCGAGCAGUUCUUAUAGCCUUGAUGAGGACCCAGUGGAUAUCGCCUGGAGCUCUAGUGAUACUGAACCAUCUGAUGAUGAGAAUCGAGUACAACAUCACUCCAAAGCUGUUUCUCAACAGCGAGCACCAGCUCAAAGGCCACGAAGACCGAACACUCUGAUUCAGUCCUACUCAGCUGUUCUCAAAAUGCUCACUGCUGACAAAGAUGAUCUUCCUGCUAUAGAAACAGACAGCGAUCCGGAUCAGUCCCAGGAAGAUGCUGAACAGGACGGCGGGCAGCACAUUUCAGACUGUGGGUCGGACUCUCCUGAUGAAAACCCCCUUCUUUGUCCUCUCAGUUCUGAACAUAUGACAGAGCCAGAGAUCUCUGGUUAUGUUUCUGAUGGAGAUGAUGUUGGUGGCACGCUCCCAUCAAGCAAACUGGACUCUGAGGUCUUUCCUCUCCAAACUGGAGAGGGCAGCAAAAAGUCUGUCCAUGACUGGCUAAGAUCUGCGCAGGCAAUGCUGCAGACACCUCAAAAAACAGUUGAAAGGCAAUCCAAGACCCCAGAAGACUCUACCAAAAAGAGAAGGAAGUUUAAAAGUGGAGGUCUGGCAGAGAGGCUGAACAUACUCCAGUGCAGGCAGAGGUCAGCUAUCAGUUUCUGGAGGCACAAGUCCAUCUCUGAGUCCUCAACAGCAACAACAACAACAGUGGACCGGCCUGGUGUGCUUGUGCUCGAGGUGCUGGAGGUCCAUGAAGAGUGUAGCAUGCAACUGGCCCACUGUGAGCCCCCCAGAGAUGGCCACCAGUAUGGAAACGCCGUCUCCGGGGAAACGACUCGGAUGUUGGUGUUAUUCAACAGAGAGACAGCAGCUCAGCUGAUUCCUGCACCAGGAGAUGUCAUCCACAUAUUCCCUCCUUGGCAGAGUCUGUCUAUUGAAGGCUUCAGCUGUCCGCUUAUCCUGAACACACACUUCAGCCAGAAGGUCUCCUCUGCUUCCAAGCCAGAUAAUAGUUCCUCAACAAAGAUUUGGCUCUCUGCUGAGAGACAUGCCCCUUAUUUUUUGGGUAAAAUAUUUGGACUACUGGAUGAAUGCAAGCCUAAAGAUGAAAGCAAUGCAACGCAGCUUGAAGGAUCGAAUGUUCUCUGCAGUUUUAGGACAAGACACUGUCUCUCUCUCCUGGAGGCCAUUGAAGGACUUGGCCAGGCUGGCCAUGUGGAUCAGGAUGUGGAUGUGGUUGUCCAAAGAGUUUACUCCAUCCCUAUGGCAGAUUGUUCUCCUCUCUCCUUUCGCAAGCACAAAGCCUCCCUUCGGUCCUCCACUGCUCCUCCUCCAGCAGAGAAAGGAAAAACCAGGUUAUGUGUGCUCAUCCAGGAUAGCUUUGGGAUUUUUAGCGUGCUCCAGCUCCAUCCUCUUUCCAACAGCGACGAGCUCCACCAGUACUCCCAGAUGUGGCAGGGCAGAGCCUGUGUGCUGAGGGGCAUAAAAGUGGUGCAGCGGGUCACUCGAGAACGGCACCCCAGGCUUUUCAGCUUGAUAGACAGUCUCUGGCCCCCAGCGACGUCUCUAAAAGAUCAUGGAAUCUCACUUAGUAUGCCAAAUAAUUCGAGUGUCCAUCCUCUGCAGGAAAUCAGAUCUCAAGGUCCACCUCCAAGUUUCUGCUACCUACUGUCGGGUCAUCAGAGUUCAGUUGAGGUCACUCAAGGGCAAACGAGUUCACCACUGUACCUUCAACCCAGACAGCAGACCCUACGAGAUAUACUGCAGAGCAAGACAAAAUCCUGUAGCUGCAGUUUUAUUGCCACGGUUUUAUAUAAGAGAAUGCAGAGCAGCGAUGUAGGCCAGAGGGAGGUGUGGUUGGUGCUGACAGACCCCAGUCUUCAGGAGGAGCAGUCGGAGAGACCGUGCAGGCGAACAGUGGCUCUGUGUGUGAGCACUUCCUGUGUGCUCACUUCCUCUGUCCUCGAAGCACUGAAUUCCCCUGCUGUCUGUAACAUGUCGUUCAGAGAUGCCAUCAAAGAACAUGGUAUGCUCCUCUGUGCGGAGCAGUCUGUCAUUGAGGUAAAACAAGAGAGCAGUAUAGGGACCACUACAAGGCGAGACCUGCUCUCCCAGUGCCUCGCUGAACCUCAAGUGAAGACCCUGCCCCAGCCUCAUAGACUGGAUUCCUUGAGCAUGGAGACCACACCCAACUCCCUCUGUACUCUCACAGGGGUUAUUGUUGGUGUAGAUGAAAAUACAGCUUACUCCUGGCCAGUUUGCAGUCUCUGUGGAAGUGACAAUUUGGAGUUGUCAGCGGGAACACCUCAAACAUUUUACUGUAUCUCCUGUAAAUUGAUGUUGGAGCAGCCAGAAACGAAGGUUCAACUGGAGGUCUUCCUCAGCUCCUCCUCACUGAGCAACUGCACCUUAAAGGUUAAGUUGCAGCAAAAGACCAUCAUGUCCAUCCUGAACACGCCCACACUAGAAAGCAAUGAGCUCCAAGGGUACGAUGUGGAGAGCGUCUUAGGAAAAGAGGUGGGUCCUAUCCCCGUUUAUGUCAGAGUUGUCACCAGGAAGCCUGCCCUCUGGAUGGGCCUGGAAGAGGUCUGCCUCGGCUGCUGAUAGCAAUCCUCAGACUUUUGCUGGCUCCAGCAAUCUGCACACUGGGCCUUGGUCUGAGCCAGUUUAUCCUCCACUCCCCCUUCCGAAGGCCUCCUCUGACAGCUUGAGGCUGUUCUGAAAAGAAGGGGGCCACUAAAAGACAAGGUCUUGUUUGUGUUAAUGAUAUGUGAUCCUGUGCAGCAGGAGUUGACAGCCUAGGGGUAGACCAGUGGCAUGCGGGCUGUCAAACCAGCCCAUGUGGAUCAUUAACUGUGCAGAGCCUGAAUUUGGACUUAAACUUUCAAACAACCUAUGUAUUAAAAAUACUCACUGUCAAUAAAAUGGGUUAUUUAUGCUGA